CGGCCGCGGCCGGAGGAGCAAUAGCAGCAGCCGUGGCGGCCACGGGGCGGGGCGUGGCGGUCGGCGACCGCGGCCGGGGCUGCAGACGGCGGAGCGGCUGGCUUGCCAACACUUGGUGUCACAUGUGAGCCUCCCACAUGUGUUCACUCUCCAUUCCAGCUCUGUGAUUGAACUCUGCUCUUAUUGACUAGGGGGCAGUUGGGCAGGCAUGCUUCAUUCCUGGAAUUGACAGUCAUUCCAUUUUUGAAUAUACUAACCCUGAAUCAGCACUUCUAAAGCCCUGCCUUCUCCCACUGGCUUCACUUGGCCUUCAGACAUAAUGAGGAGACUGGCGUUUCGAGGCGCUGGUUGUGCUCUGAAGUUGGAUUCCAUGGGUUCCAAGAGAAGAAGAGCUACCUCCCCUUCCAGCAGUGUCAGUGGGGACUUUGAUGACGGGCACCAUUCUGUGUCCACACCAGGCCCAAGCAGGAAAAGGAGAAGACUUUCCAAUCUUCCAACUGUAGAUCCUAUUGCUGUGUGCCAUGAACUCUACAAUACUAUCCGAGACUAUAAAGAUGAGCAGGGCAGGCUCCUCUGUGAGCUCUUCAUUAGGGCUCCAAAGCGAAGAAAUCAGCCGGACUACUAUGAAGUGGUUUCUCAGCCCAUUGACUUGAUGAAAAUCCAACAGAAACUAAAAAUGGAAGAGUAUGAUGAUGUUAAUUUGCUCACUGCUGACUUUCAGCUGCUUUUCAACAAUGCAAAAGCCUAUUAUAAGCCAGAUUCUCCUGAAUAUAAAGCUGCUUGCAAACUCUGGGAUUUGUACCUUCGAACAAGAAAUGAGUUUGUUCAGAAAGGAGACGCAGAAGAUGAGGAUGAUGAUGAAGAUGGGCAGGACAAUCAAGGCACCGGAACUGAAGGAUCUUCUCCAAGUUACUUGAAGGAGAUCCUGGAACAGCUUCUUGAAGCCAUAGUUGUGGCCACAAAUCCAUCUGGACAUCUUAUUAGUGAACUUUUUCAGAAACUGCCUUCUAAAGUGCAAUAUCCAGACUAUUAUGCAAUAAUUAAGGAGCCUAUAGAUCUCAAGACCAUUGCCCAGAGGAUACAGAAUGGAAGCUACAAAAGUAUUCAUGCAAUGGCCAAAGAUAUAGAUCUCCUAGCAAAAAAUGCCAAAACAUAUAAUGAACCUGGUUCUCAAGUAUUCAAGGAUGCAAAUUCAAUUAAAAAAAUAUUUUAUAUGAAAAAGGCAGAAAUUGAACAUCAUGAGAUGGCAAAGUCAAGUCUUCGAAUAAGGACUCCAUCAAGUUUGGGUACAGCCAGGCUGACAGGUCCUGCGCACAGUAAAGGCAGCCUUAGUGAGGACAGAAACCCCACCAGCAAGUAUUACCGUAAUAAAAGAACAGUCCAAGGGGGUCGUUUAUCUGCAAUUACCAUGGCACUUCAGUAUGGCUCAGAAAGUGAAGAGGAUGCUGCGUUAGCUGCUGCCCGUUAUGAAGAAGGAGAGUCAGAAGCAGAGAGUAUCACUUCCUUUAUGGAUGUUUCAAAUCCUUUUUAUCAGCUUUAUGACACUGUUAGGAGCUGUCGGAAUAACCAGGGGCAGCUAAUAGCUGAACCCUUUUUCCAUUUGCCUUCAAAGAAAAAAUACCCUGAUUAUUAUCAGCAAAUUAAAAUGCCCAUAUCACUACAACAGAUCAGAACAAAGCUAAAGAAUCAAGAAUAUGAAACUUUAGAUCAUUUGGAGUGUGAUCUGAAUUUAAUGUUUGAAAAUGCCAAACGCUAUAAUGUUCCUAAUUCAGCCAUCUACAAGCGAGUUCUUAAAUUACAGCAAGUCAUGCAGGCAAAGAAGAAAGAACUUGCCAGAAGAGAUGACAUUGAGGAUGGAGACAGCAUGAUCUCAUCAGCCACCUCUGAUGCUGGUAGUGCCAAAAGAAAAAGGAACACUCAUGACAGUGAGAUGUUGGGUCUCAGGAGGCUCUCCAGUAAAAAGAACAUAAGAAAGCAGCGAAUGAAAAUCUUAUUCAAUGUUGUUCUUGAAGCUCGAGAGCCAGGUUCAGGAAGAAGACUUUGUGAUCUGUUUAUGGUUAAGCCAUCCAAAAAGGACUAUCCUGAUUAUUAUAAAAUCAUCUUAGAGCCAAUGGACCUGAAAAUAAUUGAGCAUAACAUCCGCAAUGACAAAUAUGCAGGUGAAGAGGGAAUGAUAGAAGACAUGAAGCUGAUGUUUCGGAAUGCCAGGCACUAUAAUGAGGAGGGUUCCCAGGUAUAUAAUGAUGCCCAUAUCCUGGAAAAAUUACUCAAGGAUAAAAGGAAAGAGCUGGGCCCACUGCCUGAUGAUGAUGACAUGGCUUCUCCCAAACUCAAGCUGAGUAGGAAGAGUGGCAUAUCUCCUAAAAAAUCAAAAUAUAUGACUCCAAUGCAGCAGAAACUAAAUGAAGUUUAUGAAGCUGUAAAGAACUAUACUGAUAAGAGAGGUCGGCGCCUCAGUGCCAUAUUUCUGAGACUUCCCUCCAGAUCUGAACUGCCUGACUACUAUCUGACUAUUAAAAAGCCCAUGGACAUGGAAAAAAUUCGAAGUCACAUGAUGGCCAACAAGUACCAAGAUAUAGACUCUAUGGUUGAAGACUUUGUCAUGAUGUUUAACAACGCCUGUACAUACAAUGAGCCUGAAUCUUUGAUCUACAAAGAUGCCCUUGUCUUACACAAAGUCCUGCUUGAGACUCGGAGAGACCUCGAGGGAGAUGAGGACUCUCACGUCCCAAAUGUGACUUUGCUGAUUCAAGAGCUUAUCCACAAUCUUUUCGUGUCAGUCAUGAGCCAUCAGGAUGAUGAGGGAAGAUGCUAUAGUGAUUCCCUAGCAGAAAUUCCUGCAGUAGAUCCCAGCUUUCCUAACAAACCUCCUCUUACUUUUGACAUAAUUAGGAAAAAUGUUGAAAAUAAUCGCUAUCGGCGGCUCGAUUUAUUUCAAGAGCAUAUGUUUGAAGUAUUGGAAAGGGCAAGAAGGAUGAAUCGGACAGAUUCUGAAAUAUAUGAGGAUGCCGUAGAACUUCAGCAGUUUUUUAUUAAAAUUCGUGAUGAACUCUGCAAAAAUGGAGAGAUCCUUCUUUCACCAGCUCUCAGCUAUACCACAAAACAUUUACAUAAUGAUGUAGAGAAAGAAAAAAAGGAAAAAUUACCAAAAGAAAUGGAAGAAGAUAAACUAAAGCGAGAAGAAGAAAAAAGAGAAGCUGAAAAGAGUGAGGAUUCCUCUGGUGCUGCAGGCCUCUCGGGCCUACAUCGAACAUACAGCCAGGACUGCAGCUUUAAGAACAGCAUGUAUCAUGUUGGAGAUUACGUCUAUGUGGAACCUGCAGAAACCAACCUACAGCCACACAUAGUCUGUAUUGAGAGACUGUGGGAAGAUUCAGCAGGUGAAAAAUGGUUAUAUGGCUGUUGGUUUUAUCGGCCAAAUGAAACAUUCCACCUAGCUACACGAAAAUUUCUAGAAAAAGAAGUUUUUAAGAGUGACUAUUACAAUAAAGUUCCUGUUAGUAAAAUUCUAGGCAAAUGUGUGGUCAUGUUUGUCAAGGAAUACUUUAAAUUAUGCCCAGAAAACUUUCGAGAUGAGGAUGUUUUUGUCUGUGAAUCACGGUAUUCUGCCAAAACCAAAUCUUUUAAAAAAAUUAAACUGUGGACCAUGCCCAUCAGCUCAGUUAGGUUUGUCCCUCGGGAUGUGCCUCUGCCUGUGGUUCGAGUGGCCUCUGUAUUUGCAAAUGCAGAUAAAGGGGAUGAUGAGAAGAACACAGACAACUCGGAGGACAGUCGAGCUGAAGACCAUCUUAACUUGGAAAAGGAAAAAGAAGACGUCCCUGUGGAAAUGUCCAACGGCGAACCUGGUUGCCACUACUUUGAGCAGCUCCGUUAUAAUGACAUGUGGCUGAAGGUUGGUGACUGUGUCUUUAUCAAGUCCCAUGGCCUGGUGCGCCCUCGUGUAGGCAGAAUUGAAAAAGUGUGGGUCCGAGAUGGAGCUGCAUAUUUUUAUGGCCCCAUCUUCAUUCACCCAGAAGAGACAGAACAUGAGCCCACAAAAAUGUUCUACAAGAAAGAAGUGUUUCUGAGUAAUCUGGAAGAAACCUGCCCCAUGACAUGUAUUCUGGGAAAGUGUGCUGUGUUGUCAUUCAAGGACUUCCUCUCCUGCAGGCCAACUGAAAUAUCAGAAAAUGAUGUUUUGCUGUGUGAGAGCCGCUACAAUGAGAGCGACAAGCAAAUGAAAAAAUUCAAGGGAUUGAAGAGGUUUUCACUCUCUGCUAAAGUGGUAGAUGAUGAAAUUUACUACUUCAGAAAACCAAUCGUUCCUCAGAAGGAGCCCUCACCUUUGUUGGAAAAGAAGAUCCAGUUGCUAGAAGCUAAAUUUGCUGAGUUAGAAGGUGGAGAUGAUGAUAUUGAAGAGAUGGGGGAAGAAGAUAGUGAGGUGAUCGAGCCUCCUUCUCUACCUCAGCUCCAGACUCCCCUGGCCAGUGAGCUGGACCUCAUGCCCUACACUCCCCCACAGUCUACCCCAAAGUCUGCCAAAGGCAGUGCAAAGAAAGAAGGCUCCAAACGGAAAAUCAACAUGAGUGGCUACAUCCUGUUCAGCAGUGAAAUGAGAGCUGUGAUUAAGGCCCAGCAUCCAGACUACUCUUUUGGGGAGCUCAGCCGACUGGUGGGGACAGAAUGGAGAAACCUGGAGACGGCCAAGAAAGCAGAAUAUGAAGAGCGGGCAGCUAAAGUUGCUGAGCAGCAGGAGAGAGAGCGAGCAGCACAGCAACAGCAGCCGAGUGCUUCUCCCCGAGCAGGCACCCCUGUGGGGGCUCUCAUGGGGGUGGUGCCACCACCAACACCAAUGGGGAUGCUCAAUCAGCAGUUGACACCUGUUGCAGGCAUGAUGGGUGGCUAUCCGCCAGGCCUUCCACCUUUGCAGGGCUCAGUUGAUGGCCUUGUUAGCAUGGGCAGCAUGCAGCCACUUCACCCUGGGGGGCCUCCACCCCACCAUCUUCCGCCAGGUGUGCCUGGCCUCCCAGGCAUCCCACCACCGGGUGUCAUGAACCAAGGAGUGGCCCCUAUGGUAGGGACUCCAGCUCCAGGUGGAAGUCCUUAUGGACAACAGGUGGGAGUUUUGGGACCUCCUGGGCAGCAAGCACCACCUCCAUAUCCCGGCCCACAUCCAGCUGGCCCCCCUGUCAUCCAGCAGCCAACAACACCCAUGUUUGUGGCUCCCCCACCAAAGACCCAACGACUGCUCCACUCAGAGGCCUACCUGAAAUAUAUUGAAGGACUCAGUGCUGAGUCCAACAGCAUUAGCAAGUGGGACCAGACCCUGGCAGCUCGAAGACGUGAUGUCCAUUUGUCAAAAGAGCAGGAGAGUCGCCUGCCUUCUCACUGGCUGAAAAGUAAAGGGGCCCACACCACCAUGGCGGAUGCCCUCUGGCGCCUUCGGGAUUUAAUGCUCCGAGACACCCUCAACAUUCGCCAAGCAUACAACCUAGAAAACGUUUAAUCACAUCAUUACGUUUCUUUUAUAGAAGCAUACAGAGUUGUGGAACAGUAGCCAUUUUAGUUACUGGGGGUGGGGGAAGGAACAAAGGAGGAUAAUUUUUAUUGCAUUUUACUGUACAUCACAAGGCCAUUUUUAUAUACGGACACUUUUAAUAAGCUAUUUCAAUUUGGUUUUUGUUAUAUUAAGUUGACUUUAUCAAAUACACAAAGAUUUUUUUGCAUAUGUUUCCUUCGUUUAAAACCAGUUUCAUAAUUGGUUGUACAUGUAGACUGGGAGUUUUAUCUUUUUACUUGUUGCCAUGGAACUGAAACCAUGAAAGGUUUUUGUCUUGGCUUGGGAUUUUUGUUGUGUGUUUUUUUUUGGGUGGGAGGGUGUUUUGUUUUUCUUUUUUAUAAACAAACAAAAUGAAAAAAAAAAAAACACAAGAGUUUACAGAUUAGUUUAAGUUGACAACGAAAUGUGAAGUUGGUCCUAGUUUACAUCUUAGAGAGGGGAGUGUACUUCAGUGUCUGUUUCAUGUGCCUGAAUAUCUUAAGCCACUUUCCACAAAAGCAGUUUCUUACAGGUGAUGUGAAGUGCUUUCUUUGAAAGGUUGGUAUUUAGGUUGCAGGUGUUGACGGACAGCACAUGGGCGCCGUUACCUGAGGCUCACUGCAGAGAGCUGGCGUCUGUGCUGAGCCCUCGUGCAGCUAGUGCAGCUAGAAGAGAGUGCUUUCUCUUGUGCGGAGGUAGACAUCGCUGCUGCCAGUGGUUCUGGCGGAACCUGUGCACACCUGAAUUAUGUGUAGUCUGGCAGGUAAGUGUAAGGGUACUUUUGAUCUGUGUAUAAUGAAUUUACAGUUUAUGCCUAUACAUGUUAGAUGAUUUUAAAUUUUAAAUUUGUUACAUUGAAAAACACUGAUCUGCAAGAAAGUAUUGAGGUGUGCAUGGAGCUGAUUUAAACAUAACACCUAACCUGAUCUAGGGGAGGGAGUGUGUUAUUGGAUCUGAGGUGUACCAAAAGGAUAAUCAUGAAAAUGUAGAUUGCCUGCACAUGCAGCUAUGUUUUAUGUUUUAUUUCCUCGUUAUGAGAUGUGGCCUUUUUUUCUUGUAAGUUUCAGGGUUCUGAUUCACAACCAGAGUUUAAUGCUUUCUAAAAUUUUUUUUUAAGUUUCGCUUCUGCUUUUGAAUUACAGAGAAGGGAAUCAUAGUUUAAGAAAAUGAUCACUAAAAAUACCAUAACAGAUCCCAAACACUUGGGUUUGGUGACCCUGUCCUUCUUAUAUGGCCCUAGAAUAAACAUUUGGAGGCAGUGUCUGAUGCUCAGACUGGAGGCAGCGAGGAACAUGGAGUUAUGUAACUUGGUGGUAUGUUUUUGAAACCUGCUUUAUUGUGACACAGUGUUUGUCAUGGUGGUGGAGCUUCCACUGCUGUUUCUCAGUUGAGAGGGUGACUCUCGAUGCUUUUUUCCUUUUAAACUGCUAUGAAUCAAUACCCAGAUGUGUAAUUACCAUACUUAAUAAAUCAUGAGGGCAAAAGAGUGUAAGAUGGAAAAAGUCUCUUGUAUCUAGAUGAUACUUCAGAUACAAGCGACCCUUGUAGCUUAAUUGCCUUUAGUCAACCACUGGAUUUCAGUUUGCAUCACGUAUUUUAAACAAUUUUGAAUUUUUAAAAAUAUAUUGCAGUAGUUAUGUCAGUACCUUGUUGUUAAUCUGAAUCAGAUAAAGAAAUCUUCAGUUCCUGGUUAUUUGGGCCAUUGAAUCAUCAUGGACUAAGAUUCUUUUAUUUCUAGACAUUAUUUCCUUGAAUUACACCAAAGAACCUGAAGUCUAAUUUUGGUUAAAUUAUUUAUUUAUUUCAUUCAUUUGUUUCCCUUUUUAAGGUCUGGAUGAGACUUCUUUGGGAAGCCUCUACAAACUCUUCACUGUGGGCCACAUGGGGCAUUAGAAACCAGAGCACUCCGGGCUCCUUGCCAGUGUCUCAAGGUGCCUUGGGAACCAUGGGUCCAGCCAGGGGAUUCCAUAAGACAGUGCAGAGCCGGCCCAGGGCACUAGUAGACAGGCCCUAAAUAAAUGUUUUAAAAAAAUCCUAAGUAUUUAUUUUAGAAUCAUGUGUUUCUGUAUACUAACCUAAAGAAUAUCAGUUAACAUUUAGGAUAUAAGAUUUGAGAUCAGCCAUCUUCUAUAAAAAAGAAAAAAAAAUGUUCUGACUUAAGAAAGUACAAGUAAACUAUUCAUCUUUUUUUUCACGAGUUUUAGGAACUGUAGUAAUGUGGCUUAGAAAGUAUAAUGGCCUAAAUGUUUUCAAAAUGUAAGUUCCUGUGGAGAAUUUUGUUUAUAUGCGGGAAAACCUAUAGGUUUAAAAUAGUCUGUUUUGUCAGCCAACUGAUUUAAAAGGCCUUUAAUUGUUUUUGUUUUUUUCACCCACCCUUCCCUUCCUAUGAGGAAGAACUGAAGUGGGGGCGGGGGGACACUUAUUUGUGUAAAAUCCCCAAAUUGGUGUUGAUGACUUUUCAGCUUGAAGGUUUUCAGACCUGAUUAAAACUUGGUUUAUUCUAAUUUCUGUAUCAUCAUCAUCUGAGGUUUAAGUGGUAAUUAGUCUUAUAACAUGUA